ACUUCAUUAGCACAAACUCACCUGCAGAUCGAGACGAGGAAGACAAUCUCUCUCUCUCCCGAGGGGGGGCCACGGGAAAACCCUCGAAGAUGAGCGAUGGAAAAGAGAGUAAGGCCACCACCACCAGCAGCGAGCCCAACGGAUCAUCGUCGUCAAGCGCCGGGAGCGGCGGCGGCGGCGGCGGAGGCCCGUGCGGCGCUUGCAAGUUCCUGCGGCGGAAGUGCGUGAAGGGGUGCGUGUUCGCGCCCUACUUCGACGCCGACCAGGGCCCCGCCCAGUUCGCCGCCGUGCACCGGGUGUUCGGGGCCAGCAACGCCUCCAAGCUCCUCCUCCGCGUCCCCGCCCACCGCCGCCCCGACGCCGUCGUCACCCUCUGCUACGAGGCCCUGGCCCGGGCCCGCGACCCCGUCUACGGCUGCGUCGGCCACAUCUUCGCCCUCCAACAACAGGUGAUGAAUUUGCAAGCCGAGCUGGCCUCCGUUCAAGCCCGUCUUGCAGCGCUGCAGCACUUCCCUAUGCAGCUGCUGCCUCCGCGAAGCUCGCCACCAUCCGAUCUCCAGUCUUCCUCCGACACGGCAUUGCUCUCGGAAAUGGCGCCCAACCCUACUUUGCCAAACAUGUACUUCGACUCCUUUCAGCUUCACACUGGUGAGUCAGCCAGCCUACAGAACUUUUGCAUGAAUCCGGCCGAAGAACGGGAGCUCAACGAUGCCCAACUGCAUUCCCUGGCUAAGGUUUUCAUCUCUUCGUCCCGACACUUGCUUCCUCCCGGGAGACUUGAUGGAUCAAGUCCGCCCAAGAAUUUAUAGGAUGUUUAGCAUAGUAGAUUGGGUGCAAUCUCACCAUUUCCGGUACCUCCAUCUUUUGCCAGAUUGAAAGGUGCAAUCUGUGUGUCCAUCAUAACAAAUUUUCUAACCCUUGCGAAAAAGAAA